CUCUGCUACCCCGCGGAAGUUGGUUUGUAGAGUAAGGUGAGGACGGGAUGUUUAUGUGAAAGAGUGUGAAACACGUCGACAUUUUUCUGUAGUUUUACUGGACGGGUUGACAUUUUGUUGCAGAAACAGAGGAACGCCUGCUGGAGAAAAAUGUUGGAGUGUGGCAUGCUGGAGCAGGACAGACGGGCUCUUCGGAGGCGCUCUGCUACUCUCUGCAAAGAGCUGGUGGUGGAUGCACUGCUCAUUCAAUCCUUACAGGCAGAUGACAUCCUAACUGAGAGCAUGGCAGAGAGCAUCAUGGCUGAGCAAACAUCUCAGAAACGAAGCUGGCGCUUACUACUACUCUUACCAAAGCGUGGGCCCAGAGCCUUUAGCAGCUUCCUCUCAGCUCUGCGAGAAACCGAGCAGCAGCACCUGUGUGACCUGCUCACACAAUCGCCAGAAAAAGAUGGCACACCUGUAGAGUCUGUUUUCUGCUCACAGCGCAUUCGGCCUGAGGAAGAGCCAGAGGGAAUUGCAGGGCGACAAGUCAUGCAGACAACUGAAAAGAAGAGAGAGACAUCCUCAGUAGACAGAGAAGAAGAGAGUGAGGUGAGCAGCACCUCAUCGUGUCCAGUCCAAGCUUCAGAUAGCUCCCUGCGCUCAGAGUCACCAUUCAGAGGAUGGGUGCCAGUCAGGGAGGAAGACAGGAAGACAGAGAGACAGAGGCUGAAGAAAGGAGGAAGACAUAAGCAGACAGAUAGGUUUUCAGACUCUCCUCUUCCGCUUCCCACUCAAGAAGGAAUUGCUGCCAAGAGAGCGAGGACACAUGCAGAAUCCAUGGAGUACAGUCUGGAUGCAGACAGUCCCAUCAACAGUCCUGUGCUCCCGUGCACUCCUGACUUUUACCUCUCUCACUGCCAGCAGUCUUACAGAAUGAAUUCAUCCCCUCGUGGUUUUGCUUUGGUGAUCAGUAACGUGACCUUCGAUCCUUGUGCUGCACCUGACCUUGACCCAAGGAAGGGAGGUGAGGUGGAUGACGAGGUCCUCAGGAAGGUCUUCACAGAGCUGGACUACCUGGUUACAGUCCACAGAGACCUCACUGCUCAGGGUAUGAGGACAUGCAUUGAGACCUUUUGCCGUCGGCCAGACCACCGGACAGUGGACAGCUGUGUGGUGUGUCUACUCUCCCACGGAGUGGAAGGAGCUAUAUAUGGUACAGACGGACAGCUGCUGCAGCUGGAUUGGGUGUUUGAGUCCUUCGACAAUGCACACUGUCCCCUGCUACAGAACAAGCCAAAGAUGUUUUUUAUCCAGGCCUGCAGAGGAGAGGAAAUGGACUGUGGAGUGGAGCAGAUAGAUGGGCCAGCAAGGACCUGCUCGCCAGGCUGUGAACAGCGGGAUGCUGGGAGGGAAGGACAGGGGGAUGCGAACUCCAGACACAGAGGGGACACGGGGAGGCCCAGGAUUAAACUGCCCCAGCGGUCGGACAUGAUCUGUGGCUUUGCGUCACUUAAAGGUCAGAAAAUUUGCACAGCAGCCAUGCGGAACACCAAGAGAGGAUCCUGGUACAUCCAGGAACUCAACACCACACUGCGUCUCCACGCCAGAGACAUGCACCUUGCAGACAUCAUGGUGCAGGUCAAUGGGAAAAUUAAGGAGCGUGAGGGUUACGCUCCUGGCACUGCCCACCAUCGCUGCAAAGAGAUGUCGGAGUUCACCAGCUCGUUGUGCAAAGACCUCUACCUUUUCCCCAAGUACCAGCCCCAGUAUUGACAUGCAAAUAUGCACAAAGACCGAUCAACACACACACACAGGACCAUUCCCCGCAGCGAAACCUCUCAAUAAGUUCACACAACGGCUCAUUCCACUCCAAUUACUGCCACACACUCACACACAUUCCUCUGGUACCACUUCACGUCCAAACAGAGGAUUUAUUCAUUCAUAUUUUCUGUGUAAAUACUGCCUCCUCAGACAUGCACAAACACACGCACGUGCAUACACACAAACACAAAUCUUGGAAAGGAAAAAAGGAGCAAGCUUACUUUAAUCUACAUGUACUCUGAAAUGGGCGUAUUAGCGUACAACCUACUCAUGUAUCUGUGUCUAUGCCAGUUAGAGGGUUUAGUUGAUAAUCCUUUUUAGUCGAAGACAGAAUCGUAUUUUGUUUUCUUACCGCACAGCUACUUUGAGGUUCCACUUUCUCUUUUUAAGAUGUAUUUUGUACACAGAUCUAUUUUUGUGGCUUUAUUUUGUAUGAAAAUUGUUUUUAUAAGGAUUUUUAAGCUCAUUCUCUUCUUAUUUGUAUAUAAUGUCUGUUGUAAGUUGUGAACAUUUCUUGUUUUUAGUGUGGCGACAGGCAGGGGGCAGCACAGCAGAGACAAAUGCAUUUCAUAUCUCUCUUUCGUCAACAUUACAUAUAUUUCCAGCUCAAAAUGAUCUUUACUGUCAUGAUUUCAGACAGCUAUUACUCUAGGUGUAGUCAGCUACAGCGAUGAUUAAAUGAUAAAGUCUCUGCAGGAGGUUUUAACCUGGUCUCGUUAGAGAAGUGUUUUUCUCACAUAGUUUGCCUUAUGAAGAAGAACAGAACCUACAGGGCAGCUUUGAAACAAGACCUUGAAUGGUUUCAUUUAUUUUUUCGCUCUCCUUUGUGGACGUUCAAUCAGGAAAAUUCAGCUUUUCAACCUUGAAUUUUUAUAAAGUGCACCCACUGCUAAUUUCACUCCAUAUUAGCUGUGUUACAUCAGAUCUGUGUCCCUGUCAGGGUGGUGGGCCGCCAGGGGAAUGUGGUGCUACUUGUGGGGUCUUACACCUACAGUGUGAACUCUGACCUUUAUGCUAAUUCUGACUCCUUACAGUGUUUCUCCCUGUGCGGGAGCUGCACAUGUAGUUAGUCGCCCUACUGUUUUUUGUGUGUUUUUGUACUGUAUGUGAUACAGUAAGGAUGUAUUUUGUCUUCCAUAAACAAUAUGCAGUUUUCUACAGCAGCCUGUGCCAUGUGAUGAUGAUCUAUUAGAUGAAUUUAUGACCGUGGAGCUCUCAGAGUGUAUUGUAUAUCUCUUUGGCAACCCCCCUCAUAGAGAAAUCCAAGGCUUUGGCAGCAUUGAUGUUUCCAGGAAAAGCCCUGAUCAGGCAAAGUGUGUUUUGUUACAACAGUGUUGUAGUGAAGAAAACAGAGUAUAUGGUCGAAACAGUAUUGAUUGUUAACAGAGAUGCUUUCAAGCUGUGUGUGUGAGGUGCUCGGGGGAGAGUAUACCCUGGUCUGGAAGGCACUCGCCCUUCUUAUCCUUUGUGUUACAGUAAUUAUAAAAAUGACACGUUGGAGUAGUAUAAAAGGGUAGCUCUCCUGCUGGGUGAGACGUUUUGAAGGUUGAUAUUUGCUGCCAAGCUCGGCUGAGGUGCAGUGAUGGGGGGGAGCUGGGAGAGAUUUUAUUUCUGUCAACACCAAUGACUGCCAAAUGUUCUAUACAAUAAACAGGCCGUGGUUUUU